CAACUACUCGAGUUGAUUCAGCUGAAGCAGAUGCAUCAAAAGACGUAGGACCAACUAACGAAGUUGAUGCGUCUACCGUCAUCGGUGAAUGUGAUCAACCUGAAGGUCUGGGUUUCUUACUCUUGGCAAGUCCCCCAGCUGAAGUUGAACCACCAGUCACUGCUCCCCCGACUUCCGCUAUUGUCGAAGCUGAACCUGUUGUGCUUUCUGCUCCGACUCUAGUGGAUCAUGAAGUAGGAGGGUCAAAGGAUACAGCGGGAGAACAACCCCCUGCCGCUUCGACUCAGCUUGGUACGUUUUGUCUAAUCGUGCUUUGAAGUUGGAUUAAUACUUGCGGAGUGAUCAUUCAUCCUUUUCUCGUUGACAGAACUUGUUCCUCAAGAUUUUGUCGCUUUGGAUCCGAAGCCAUCAGGUGUUUCAGGUGAACAACCGUCUCCUAUAGUAACUCAACCGACGAUCGUUAUUCCUGAACAGAUCCCUGUUGUUAUAGAAUCUGCUCUGACCUCAACAAGCCAAGCUAUUUCUUCUUCAUUGUCCGAGCGGAUUCAAGUUUUAUUGGCAGAUGAAGAUCCGGACAAAGCUGCCCUCUGUGUUGACGUCCAAAGCUUCGUUCAUUUCUUAAACGCCAUGGUCGAUCGGAUUCUUCUUAAAGGUUCACCAUUUGAACUUUUCAGGAAGUCUCUCGAUCGCCAUGUAUCAGGAAUUAAAGAACAGGGGUGCACCGAAUUAUCUAACUCCAUAGAAGCUUAUUUGGUCGAUCUUAAACAACACAUUGAACAGUUACAGAACUUUCGAGUUGAUGGCGCACCUUCUUACAUCGCUUCCGAAAUGGACCUGAGGCUACAAGCAUGGCGUGAUUCUCAGAAAUCCGCUGAAUCCGAACUUCAAACACUGAAGACUCGCAUUGAUCAACUCCGGGUGAGUGCUGCCAAGAAAGCUCAAAUCAAGGUAGACCUGUAUCGUGAUUUGGAAUCACGUCGGACAGAGGUAGCCCAGUUAGAGAAACGACUUGCCGAAGCUAAGGAUGCUUGCGAAUUUUUGGAGUCUGAUCUAGCAGAAGUAACUCAAGCUGAGGUGGAUAUACUCCGGCAACUUAAUUUCCAGAACAAGACUUUUGAUGACAAAGAACAAGAGGUUGCCAGAAUUCAAAGUAUCGAUGAAAGAAAAUUUAAAGCCAAACUGAUACCUGAGCUCGAAUUGGCUUACGCGACAAAGCUUUCUAAAUUAGAAGAUGAAUUCCGUCAUUACAAAUUAUUGUAAUUUUGAAAACAUGCAUCUUUUCUUUUGUGCUGCUUUGCUUGAACUCUUUUGGUUAAUACAAUGAACUUUUCUUUUUUAUUGAGAUUUUAUUAUGAUUACUCAUUCUUGUUUAG